UGAGCCAUUCUGUGAUCCUGUAAUUGUAGAGGCCAUUUCCUCUACUAGGGGAGGGGAUGAUGAAAAUUUGUUGUGGUUGAGGGAAGAUGAGCGGUGUUUGUUAAUAUGCCACUCGUCACCUCAAUGUAAGGAUAUCUAAGCUAAUUUUCACUAACGUUAAGGAAUUUAACAUGUUCUUCUAAGCCUGAAUUGGUAGCUGGGAGAAAAUCUCACGGAUUUAUUUGUGUCAAGGACCAUGAAUUCUGCCAUAGAACUAUGUUGCAUGAUACACACUGGCCAGGAAACAAAUGUAAUGUUAUUUUGAGUAGCAGUUAAUUUGCAUAUCUCAGCUUCAGUUGUCAGCAGGUGAGGGUAAUAUGUUUUGUCGUUAUCAUGAGAAGUAAAUGGAGAAGUAGUCUUCCAUAAAAUAGAGAAAAUGAAAUAGCAAGUUCUUUAAGUCAUUGCUCAGGAGACAUUUUUCCAGGCUCUCCAUGCAAUCAUCCUGCUGAGUCAAUAACACUGAAGUCCAAACAUGUUGUCACCAAACAAGUUGGUAAGAAAAUUUCUUUCAGUCAAGUCAAACAAAAGUAAGUACUGCCCUUACUUCUGGUGGGACAUAAGAGAGGAAGAUAAAAUGAGAAUUUCCCAGUGAACUCUGAAGACUGGUCUGUAAGUGUUAAUUGUAAAUGUGUAUGGGCUAUAAAUAGAUGUGUUGUGUUACAGUUCACACAGGAAUUAAGUUGCCUUGAAAAACCUUGACAUGUUGGACUCCUGAGAGACUGAGUGGACUACAAGAACCAUGAUAGGUUUCAGUUUAAAGUAACAGUCAUUAACCUUCUGCCAGCUGUGUUUCUGCAAAAAUAUGGCCUGAUAUAACUAGAAAGUUUAAAAUUAAUAGAGAAUUACGGGGCUUCUCCUUUGCUUUCGUUUUUUAAUGGUCACCUUGUGGAAAAGGGCUGAUAUAGGGAUGUUUUUUGCACCCACAUAAUUUACAGCCAACAGCACCAAAAUGAAACUGAAAGUUUUGUUAGCACUUCUGAGAAAUGCUGAUUGCUAUCUAUAAUCUUUUCAUUCCCAGAGAAGGAACUAAGAGCAUAAAAAGGGAGUGAAGAAAAUGCACAGGCCAGAAGAUGGACAAGGGGGAUAGAGAAGAAAUGAAGAGAAAAUGGCAAGAAAGACUGAAGAAAGUGGAAGAACUAGCAUCUCACUAUGAAAGACAUCCUCUUCCUAAAGUUUAUAGACCAAGACUGUCCAAACCCUCUAUGCCAUCCUCUGUUUGGAAAAUAUUUUCUCGACAGGCUGAAGCUUUUAAUUACAUAAAAACCUGCCAAGAGGAUGUUCAUGUGUUUGCUUUGGAAAAGAACACACAGAGUGGACAGAGGUUUUACCUUGUGACAACAUAUAAAGAGCUUUGGUUUUAUUACACCCAAGGUUACAAAUCAAGUCUUAUGCAUUGCUAUGAAGUAAUUCCUGAAAAAUAUGCUUGCAAACUUUAUUUUGAUUUGGAGUAUUACAAACCAGCGAAUCCUGAUGCAGAUGGCAAGAGUAUGGUCAUGAAGUUAAUUGAGCUUGUCAGCCAAAAAUUAAAAGAACUUUAUGAUGUAAAUUGUUCAUCAAAAGAUGUCUUGAACUUGGAUUCCAGUACUGAUGAAAAAUUUAGUCGGCACUUAAUAUUUCUACCCCAAAAGACUGUAUUUAAGGAUAAUACUCAUAUUGGUAAUUUUGUGAGAACCAUUUUGCAGCCUGCCAUAAGAUUAAUGGACAGUAAAGCUGCUGAGAUUCCAACAGAAGAAGCAGGGCAUGUUUUCCAGUGUUCUGCAGGAGCUGGAUUAGAUGGUUCUCUUACAAAUCUCACAGCUGGUGAAGAUUAUUCUAAAGACUGGCCAGCCAUUGCUCAUGAAACAAAGGAUAUGGAAAUGCUACACCAAGGAGAAAAUUUGGAUUUUUCCUUCCUAAUAGUAAACAAUAAAGAAGGCAACAAGCAGCUUUUUGUGGAUCUAGGAGUUUAUACAAAGAAUAGAAAUUUCCGGAUGUAUAAGUCAUCAAAAGCAGGAAAAAAUGUGGUUCUGAAGAUAGCAGAGGAUAAUAAGUUUAUCCCCAAGUGUGAAAAGGAUAUUUCCUUGGAAGAAGCAUAUUUUCUUUCCUCUUUAAUCUGCAACGUUGGAGCAAGUGAUGACAUAAAAGUUCUGACAUCUGGCUUUUCAGAGGAGGAGAGAAAAAUGUCUGCUUUUCUAAACAGUAAAACUACCAGAAACAGCAGAGAUCCCAUGGAAGGUUACCAGGGUUCGCCGUAUCCAGAAAUUGAUAAUUUUGUUCGUUCUUUGGUUAAUAAAGAUGGGCUACAAGGAGGGAUACGACAAUGGAGUUACUUCUCUCUCAAAGAAUUACUUAUUUACGAUAUUUCUGGUUACCGUUGGUGUGAAAAUAUUGGAAGAGCUCACAAAAGUAACAAUAUAAUGAUUCUGGUAGAUCUAAAGAAUGAAGUGUGGUAUCAAAAGUGUCACGAUCCUGUCUGCAGAGAACAAAACUUCAAAUCACAAAGUUUUCCAUUACCGCCUGGGAUCUGCCUCCCAUCCCUUUUCAAAGAGGAAGAAGAGUCCACCCUAAUGGAUGACAGGGGGCACACAGAAGGAAAAGUAAAUCCACAUUCUAAUGUGUCAGGCUUGUCAAAAAGCUCAGUAUCUGCAGAGAACAGCUGGUCUCAAGACUUCGUGUUGUCAGACAGUGAGUGGGAAAACACACGUGACGACGCCUUUUUCCUAGAAGCUGCUGAAGAUGUGGAACUAGCUGAAGCUGCAGAUGAUAGUCUGAAUUAUGCCAUGGAAGAAAUCCCAGAUGAAGUUCUUUUGGCAGCUUUAAGGAAAGAAGACCUCUACGCUAAAGAAGGCAGCUAGGCACAGGCCUGGCCAGCAAUGAAUGACACUUGUGUGUCGCAUGCUGGAGUGGAAGGUCCUGUGGGGUAGUUCACAAGCACCACUCCAGAGCUGUAAGACAAGGAAUGGAGUGCCUGGGUGAACUUCAACAGGCAUGAGGAGAUCAUGGAAGAUUACAGGGGGGCAGAAGAGAACUGGACUAAAAAACUCAUUGUGAAUGCUCCUCCAAGCUUAGCACUUUUAACGCUCUUUGCUGUACAGUUUCUGUUUUGUUAGUUGUUUGUCCAAGUUUUAUUGAGAAGCCAACAGAACAGACUUCUUAUUUCCAUAAAUGAGAUUAAAUAAUUUAUUUCAAAUGCAAAUUUAAUAAAGAGAUUUGUUUAUUCA